AGUUAUACAUAUUCACAAUACCGCAGCAAUACUGAUGGCGAAACGCGCGUCGAGGACGUGUAUUGUUGAUCUAAAUAACUCCAGCGUGGACGAACAGAACCAUUUUUCCCCCGAAGGAACCAAACGCCGGCCAAAAGAUGACAAAGUUAUUUCUUGUUUGGAAAAAACCCCUCCGAGAUGUGUAGCAGCGUUAGGUCAUGCACCCUCCUACUUGAGGCUAGUAGCAGCAUUAAAGCUACGUAGCGAGACACCUGGAAGAUACUAUCCUCUGCAGGUAAGCGACCUUGAACAUCAACUGUUUUCGAACAACAUCGAAACCAAAAGUACACCCAGCUAUAGCAGUGUUUUGAAAAAACCUGCCGUCAGUGACUCAUCUGUUCUCCUUAUUGAGUCCAAGGAUGGUGUUUCUAAUAAUAAUGUGGUGAAAUCGCUCCCUGCAUCUAUCAACCCUGCCAACCUCAAAAUCUGCAUCGACAAGACUAAACUAAUAAAGAAUGGGGCUGCUGUGUACUGCAGAAGUGAAAGCGAUCGUAUUAAAUUGGAAGAAGCAUUAAAAACCAGUUUAGAGUCCAAAUAUCGCAUCAACCCGUCGAAAAAACUGAAUCCUCGCUUAAUUAUAAAAAAUGUGUGCAUCAGUGAAGAUUUAGACUCGGAUGAAAAGUGCCUAGCAGUAUUCUUGUUUUUGAUACGUAAGUUGUACUCAUCGACUAGAGCUGCUUUGUCUGCGGCGAAUGAGGUGUCAUAUUUGUGGCAAAUGUCACAGAGGUCUUUUUUGGGCUUGAGGAAAGAUAUAUUGAAUUCGGUAGUUCUAGAAGAUACAAGCACAACAUAA